CGAUCCGAUGAUGAUUUAGAAUGUAGGUAUUUAUAUAUAAAAACAAAAGCACCCAUCAAUCCAGAAUUUGCAAUCGCUCGUUCUCCGAUAAUGGCAAGUGGAACUGGUGAGGUUUCAAAGAAGCUGAAGCUCUAUUCCUAUUGGCGGAGCUCUUGUUCUUGCCGCGUUCGAAUCGCUCUCAAAUUAAAAGGGCUAGAUUAUGAGUAUAUUGCAAUUAACUUGCUCAAAGGGGACCAGAAAUCUCCAGAGUUUUUGAAGCUUAAUCCACUUGGAUAUGUGCCAGUACUUGUGGAUGGUGACUUUGUAGUUGCAGACUCUUUUGCUAUAUUACUGUAUCUAGAAGAGAAGUAUCCUCAGCAUCCAUUGUUGCCAAAAGAUCUUCAGAAAAGGGCUCUCAAUUACCAGGCUGCAAAUUUGAUUUCUGCAAACAUACAACCUCUCCGGAAUUUACUUGUCCUCGGCUAUAUUCAAGAAAAACUUGGUCCUGACGAGAAAAUUCCUUGGGGUCAAACUCAUAUACGAAAAGGCUUUGCUGCUCUGGAGAAGCUAUUAGAAAAUUACGCUGGAAAAUAUGCCACGGGGAAUGAAGUUUUCCUGGCUGAUUUGUUUCUGGCACCCCAGAUUGAUGGUGCAGUCAGAAGAUUCAAUGUUGACAUGAGUGAAUAUCCUAUCCUAUCGAGGAUUAACGAGGCGUACAAAGAACUCCCUGCUUUUCAAGAUGCUAUGCCAGGAAAGCAACCUGAUACACCACCAGAGGCUAGAGCCUGAGGGUCUUUCUUCAACUCUUUCCCUGCAGGUGUUUUCGGAACGAACUGAUUGUUUUCAACUGUUUGACACCCGGAAAUAGUUUCAUUAGCAGUGUUCACAAGAGAAUCAUUAGACAAGGGAAGCUGUAGUUCCAACUGAGGUUCACAAAGUGCUUUAGCCAUACUCAAUGUCCUUGACCACCUGUAGAAGAGAAGCUCAACUAAUACAAAAGUAGAGUAAAUACUUUCUAUUAACUUCUUACUUAGACUUCUACAUUUGACACCAAUUUUCAGAGGGACGAUCAUUGCAGAUCAUUACUAAAUGACAAUCAUUGCAGAUCAUUACUAAA